CAAACAACACGCAACAUCCACACCGACACUGAAGAGGGGAGGGGGGGGGGGCAGUGAAGAGGAAGGGAGGAGAGAGCAAAGAAGAGGAGGGAACGAGGAGGGAACAGCGAGGAGGAGGAGCAGCACACGGGAGCUCCUCUCUCGACCCCAUGCACAGGUUCAUGCUCCUCCGCUCCCUGGACGCGAUGAUGAAGACCCCGGGCAUCGGGGGUCCUGCGACCCGCAGGGCUCUGAGCCUCCAGCCACCUCCACAGGAGCUAUUGAGGCCCCUGCGGGUCCCGACGCGCCUGCUGCUGGGCCCGGGGCCCUCCAACUCGUCGGCGAGGGUCCGAGCUGCCGGCGCCCUGCCCUUGCUGGGACACCUCCACCCCGAGUUCUGCCAGGUGAUGGACGAGGUGCGCGCGGGGCUGCGCUACGCGUUCCAGACGCGCAACGCGGUCACGUUGGCCGUGAGCGGCACGGGCCACGCGGCCAUGGAGGCGGCCAUCGUGAACCUGGCGCAGGAGCGGGAGCGCGUGGCGGUGUGCGUCCACGGAGUGUGGGGAGAGCGCGCAGCCUCCAUCGCCCGCCGCCUGCGAGCCGAUGUGCGGACGCUGGAAGGCCCCGCGGGGGAGAGAUUCAGCAUCGCGCAGAUCGAGCAGGCCCUACUGGAGCACCGACCUCGCCUCCUCUUCGUGACGCACGGGGAAUCCUCCACAGGGGUUCUGCAGCCGCUCGAGGGGAUAGGACCCCUCUGCCACAGGUCCGACUGCCUGCUCAUCGUCGACUCUGUGGCGUCGCUGGGAGGGACUCCCCUGCACAUGGACGAGCUGGAGAUCGACGUCCUCUACACCGGCUCGCAGAAGGUCCUGGGGUGUCCUCCCGGCCCCUCCCCAAUCUCCUUCAGCCAGCGAGCGUGGGAGCGGUUGUUGGCACGGAAGACCGAGGUUCCCUCCUUUUACUUCGACAUGAAGGGUCUGGCCAACUACUGGGGCUGUGACGAGGGCCCUCGCAGGUAUCACCACACAGGCCCCAUCUCUGCCGUGUACGCCCUGCGAGAGGGACUUGCAGAGCUGGUGGAGGAGGGUCUUGAGCGGUGCUGGGAGCGGCAUGGGCGGAACGCUCUGCGUCUCCACCGCGGCCUCGCGGAGCUCGGAUUGCAGCUAUUCGUCGGGGAGAAGGAGGCUCGUCUCCCCACCAUCACCACGGUGCGGGUGCCCCCAGGCUACGCAUGGAAGGAGGUGGUGGACUUCAUCACGAGUCGCCACGGCAUCGAGAUCGCCGGGGGACUGGGACCCACGGCAGGACAGGUGUGGCGUAUCGGGCUCAUGGGUCAAAACUCGACGGAGCAGAACGUGGACAAAGUGCUGCUGGCGCUGAGGGACGCGCUGGCAACCUGCUCUCGCUCCAAGCUGUGACUCGCCACUCACUCGCCCACAACCGACUAACCACACUCUCACUACUCACCACUGACACACACAAACGCAUUUAGACACACAGACACGCGUGUGUAUAUAUAUAUAUAUACCAUCACCAAAUUUAUUAUGUAAAUUCGGACAAACUGCCACGGUGCGGUGUGGGUGGCGAAGGUGGUGUUUUGAUCACGGACGCGCCUCCCCCCUCCUCCUCUUCGACGGACCGAGAGAGGACGACUCCGAACGCACGGCGGCCGUCGUUUGUUGCGGAAGCGGCAAUGACAGCGUCGCGCGUGCCGCUAAACCGCUCGGCGUACUCAACGGAGGCGAAUAUACAAGCGAGGCGCACGGCACCGCGACGACGGACCGCGCGCAGAGACAAAGGUCUCCCAGGUAGCCCACAGACCGCUGCGGCAAGUGCCGCCCCCAUGAAGGCCGGCAUGGCGCACGAGCCGUGCGCUGGUGGGCCAGUGCCGCCACGCCCGGCCGCCUUUCGUCUCCCCAGUGCUGUUUACACACCGCACCGGGUGCUCAAUUCAUUAAGGCUGAGUCGACCUAAGGGAGGCCCAGAACCGGUUUGGAUAUCCAUAACCGAUGUUGGUGUUGUUGGGUGGUGUAGCACAGCAUGCUAAGCACUGCGCCACCGCUCCCACCAUACACACAUGCACACACUCGCCGACGCAAGACGUAAUUUUUGAUUUAACACAACACAAGUCGGACAUAAAUUAUAGAGGGACACACCGGACGGCAAUCACGAUGCUUCCUUAAUCAUUCACACAUCCCCAGAACCUCCGAGCCCAAGCGUAGCAGCAGCAGAUGCGCGAACAGAAUAGUUAAUAAAUAGUUAUCGUGGCUGAAGAUUAAGCGGACGAAAUGCGACAACAGUAGUUUAACUUUAAACGCGUAAAUCUCUUUUAAAAAAGGUCAAUCUCUGGACGCCACCGUCACUCGCGUGCACACGCAGCACCGAGCUCGCGGCAGGGGCAACAGCCCAGCCCGGCCCAGCCCAAGCCCAGCCACCCACACUCCCCCACAGCUCAAGGUCACAGUUCAGCCGGCAAUUGCUUGCUCACUCCCAUGCUGUCAGGAGGGCCUCGUCCCCCACCACUCUCCGCCCCACCAACCACCACUGGGAGCUUUAAACAGUUCCUCUAAAGCUGGACGUCUUGGGUGGGGGGACGGGUGGGGGGAGGGUGAAGAUCCCCCCCCCACUUCACCACUGCAUGCAGACUGUUGACCCGACUACACUGACCCCACUGACCACACUGAAACCGGCGGUGCUAACCACAACCGCGGCAAGCUCGCGAUUCUCAUCCCAGUUACUGGAUGACACACGCAAAAAACUGAAAUUAAACAAAAGGACGAUAUGGCAAAACACG